UGAAGAGAAUGAGGUGCUUGAAGACGCAGAGGACGAGCAAGCAGUAGUGUCCAAUAUAGAUAAACGUGCUGAUGAAGACGGCGCAGGAUCAAGUGAACAUGGAGGAUAUGAUGGAGUAGUCCCGCGGAAACGAAGGAGACGAGAAGGAGAUGAAGAUUCGUCCAUCUCGGAGCAGAUUCCAGUUCGUGACGCGUCAAAGGCAUAUUUUGAUGACGAGGAGCAUGAGCAUGAGGACGAAGAAGCGAAUAACCAUGCCGACGAAGAGAAGGACUUUCAGGAAAGAUCGGAGCAGGCAGCAAAAGCCGAUGAUGGAGAUGAUAGACAUGGAGGAAAUCAGGAGGGUGAUGGAGAACAUGAACCUGAGGAAGACGAGCAUGAUGACGAUGCUGACGAAAAUGAAGGCGUACCGAUUGUUCCGAAAUCUGAGAAGACGAAACAUCAGAAAAAGAUGCCCACAACACGGGCACGACUAGCAGAAAAAAGGAAGCAACUGGAAGAACAAUUGCGAAUUAAAAAGCGGAAAAAGAUAAAGGCGCCAACGUCAAAGAGGAGCAAGGGCAAUUCCAAACAGAUCGGGGCUAACCGUGCUGACGUGAAGCAAGAAGAAGUAGAUCAACACGAUCGUGAUUCAUCUGCUGGUGGUGCUGUUGAUCUCGAAGAAAAUGAGCAAGAGACGACUGGAGUGGACGUCAACAUAGGGCAUAAUUAUGAAGCCACUCACUCGACCAGUGCAAGCACUAGUGCAACAGCUGGUAACGCCAAUCGAGCUAGCGCCAAAUCAGCUUGUAGCGCCAGGCGAGAGCAGCGACCACAUCGACAAGAUGGUGGUAACUCCAACUCGACGGGAGUAGUCGCACAGCACCAGCAAAGUUUUUCUCAGUCAUCGCUUAUCUCGCAUGUUGACGUUCAUUGCCGCCUUUCACAGCCGAGUGCUAGUGCGUUGGCUUUCGAUCGCAUGAGACGAGAAAGCCAGAUAUUCAGCGACUUCGUGGCGCGACUACGACGCGAGCGCGAUGCUGCAGUAGCUGAGAGGGAAGAGCAACGCAAAACGCAUCAGGAAC